AUGGCACCUCCCGCAACAGACGACACCCUCCUCUCCCCCAAGGAGCUGGACAAUGGCAAGGGCGGCUUCGCCUUUGCACAUGAGGACAUGAUAUCCCUCAUGCGGUAUGUCUGGGAAGGCUGUCUGCUACCGCAAACGCCUGAUAGUUAUGCCACGACUUUUGGGUUCCAGAUAUCGGACUUGAACAAGGAUGUUUCAGCCGAGCUGGACUCAAUCAUUGGUUCCUAUGGCGAGAUCCGAACCACCACGACCGAGUUCCGCGACAAGACCUGGCCGGCUGUUGUGGAUCUGGCAGCUCAGAUCAGAGACUAUGCAGGCAAUGCAGGCGGUACAUUGGAUUCAUCCUACUACAAGGCCAUCCUGGACUGGGUCAAGGAAUACUGCACCACUAAGGAUGACAGCAAGAAGGCUGAGCUGAAGGCGAACAUCAGCGCAGUCGUCAAGGACCAGCUGGCCUCCAUUGACAAAUUGUCCACGAAUGUCAAAUCCACCAAAGAGACUCUGAAAGAAUUUGACACUAAAACUCAAACCCAAAGUGCCGCGCUGAAUAACCACAAGAGGAAAGUCAUGGAUCUGCUGGGUGGAAGUGAAGGACGGAUUGCGGCUCUCCGGAAACAGAUCAAGACGAACCAAGACGACCUGCAAAAGGAUAAGGACGACUAUGACUAUGAUAUGACCGUCAUGUACGCCCAGAUCUCCUAUGCCUGGAUCCCCAUCAUCGGCAAUAUUCCCGGCGCCAUCACAAUGGGAGUCUUCGCCGGCAAAGCCGCUGCAAUGAUGGACACCAUCCACAAGCUCGAAAAGACAAUCAGCGACGAGCAGGCCGAAUUGGCCGCCGACAUUAAGCUGGACACCGACAUCCACCGCAUGGAUGCGAGCCUUCAAAACCUGGUAACGAUGAUCAAGGGGGCCAUCACAGCUGUCGGUAAAAUCGAAGGUGCCUGGGAAAUCAUCGGAGGCGAUCUCCAGGGAAUCCACGAUCUGGUCAAGAAUGACGGCAAGCAUCCACUCAACGAAGUAAUCGCCAGAUUGGACGGCAAUAAGAUUGUUGAGAAGUGGAACGGAGUGCACGACUACACCACCAAAUACGUCAACACCGCGUUCAUCAGUGAGGUUGAAACCAAGGAUAUCAACCAGUAUCUCAAAGAGCUAGAGGAUGCGAUCAAGAAGAACACUCCCUCAAAGCAUGACUAA